CUCACAUUUCCACCAUCAUUUUUAAAAGCAAACGCUGAGAGAGAAACAGAACAGAACAGAACAGAGGAUUAGCAGAGAGGAAGCAGAGCAAUACAAUGGCCUUUUCUACGGCGAUUACACCAUUUUCCACUCUCUACCUCCCUAUCCGACACUCCAAUCUCCACAUUUCGAGGCUUCAAUCAUUGCCAAUCCGCUGCUGCUCUUCUUCUUCUUUGUCAUUCUCCACCAAUGAAUCGUCGUCUUCAAAGUUGUCGACCCAGUUCGAUUUGAAGACGUACUGGACGAACCUGAUUGGGGAAAUCAACGAGAAUCUAGACCAGGCUAUCCCGGUUAAGUACCCGGACCAGAUCUACGAGGCUAUGCGAUACUCCGUACUUGCCAAGGGCGCCAAGCGGGCCCCACCCGUCAUGUGCAUCACCGCCUGCGAGCUCUUCGGAGGUGACCGUCUCGCCGCCUUCCCUACCGCCUGCGCCCUCGAAAUGGUUCAUGCAGCUUCAUUGAUUCACGACGACCUUCCUUGCAUGGACAAUGAUCCAUUUCGCCGAGGUCAGCCAUCAAACCACACUAAUUAUGGUGUGGACAUGGCAAUCUUGGCUGGUGAUGCUCUCUUUCCUCUUGGCUUUCAACACAUUGUCUCCCACACACCUUCAGACCUCGUUCCAGAGCAACGUCUUCUCCGUGUCAUCGCCGAGAUUGCACGUGCAGUGGGCUCAACAGGCAUGGCUGCUGGCCAGUUCCUUGAACUUGAAGGUGGACCAAAUUCUGUGGAGUUUGUUCAAGAGAAGAAGUUCGGUGAAAUGGGCGAGUGCUCUGCAGUAUGCGGAGGAUUGUUAGCUGGUGCUGACGAUGACGAGUUACAGAGAUUGAGGAGGUAUGGGAGGGCUGUUGGGGUCUUGUAUCAAGUGAUCAAUGACGUGCUGGAGGAGAAAACAAUGAAAAGCAAAGAAAUUGAAGACAAUAAAAAGAAGGGAAAGAGUUAUGUAGGGAUAUAUGGGAUUGAAAAGGCUAUGAAGGUGGCAGAGGAACUAAGGGCCCAAGCUAGAAAAGAACUUGAUGGGUUCCAAAAGUAUGGUGAGAAGGUAGCGCCGCUGUAUAGCUUUGUAGAUUAUGCCGCAGAUAGAGGUUUUCGGGUUGGUGAUUUAAAUUGAUUGUGUUUCUGUGCUUUGGUUGCGGUCAAGAGGUUCUUAACAUUUCCAUAGAGCAUAGUACUUGAAUGGAUUGAUUAGAAAAUGAUGGCUUAGGAUGAUCGCAGAGAAAUUGAUAGGUUUCUCGUGCAAAUUAUGGUUUUACGGAGCAAAAAAAAGUACGAUGGAGCAAUUGUAAGCAAAUAUAAAUGAGAUUUGGAUCAUGAAAACAAGCAAUACAACAUGCUUUUCAGUAA